AUGAUGCAUGCCAAUCUGAUGAACAACUACUUCAACCCUAACUUGAUGUACACAAAAGAGGAUUUCAGACGUUGCUUCCGGAUGAUGCAUCAUGUCUUCGAGUGUUUACUUUGUGAUGUCCAGCAGGUUAAUCUAUACUUUCGACAAAAGCGGGACAUAGAAGGAUGUCCUGGUUUCUCACCUCAUCAGAAUGUUAUUGUUGCACUCCGAAUGAUGGCCUAUGCCUCCCCAGCUGAUUCGAUGAAUGAAACCCAUGGUAUGUCUGAGUCUACAUGCCUUGAUACUCUUGAACAAUUAUGUGACACAAUUGUUCAGGUUUACAAAGAUGAGUACCUCCGCGAGCCAAAUCAAGAAGAUCUGAAUCAACUCAUUCGCAAAACUAAAGACCGUGGGUUUCCAGGCAUGAUAGGGUCAUUAGACUGCAUGCAUUGGGAUUGGAAGAACUAUCCCAUUGGAUGGCAAUGA